AUGAUAUCAUAUAUUUAUAUAACGGUGCUUUCAAUAUUGGUGCUAAAUGUGUUAAAUGUAGCAUGUGUUAGCGUUGAUAAUUGGCCUAAUCUUUCACCACAGAUUGAAAUAGCUCAAAGGUCUCAAAGAGAUGUUGGCAAGUAUCUACUGAUAGACCAGGUUACAGGGAUGGGGGUUUCGCUUAAUAGUCUUGUUUUCGAUAAAGAGGGAUAUACUUUGGAUGCUCUUAAUGAUGUAAGCACAUUAUUGGAUGUUGGAGUGCAAACAUUAAUGAUUAAUCUAUACUGGAAUGAAUUUACUGAAAAAUGGCAGCUUUGUCCUGCGCCAUUUCCCGCCAACAUAUCAAGCGACAUUACGACGACCAAGGAAUUAUAUUGGGACGAUAGAACUUACAAGUGUGAGGCAUCUUUGACGGUUGAUCUGUUGGUACGGACGAUCAACACGUAUUUUUCGGAGACUAAUACCAAUAUCAAGGUCAAUAUGGUCCAAUUAUUGUUCCAUUUGAAGUCAAUACGCAUAGAUCCACCAGGCCGUAACGUUUCUAGUAGUGAGAUCAAGAAUUAUAUAUCAACAUUCCAGCCCACGGAUCUGCAUUUUGUUGCCUUGAAUAAUGCUACAUUGAAUGAUAUUGUUAGUUCUUUUGGAACAUCUUUAUUCACGCCUUCAGAUUUGUCGUCCUAUAGAAGCACUAACUACAGAAAGGGAGACAAUGUCGGUUUUUAUAACGAAACCAGACAAUCCUUCCCAACUUUGAAUACAUUCUUAUUAUUGGAUUACAAACGAGUCAUGACCACAGUGAUCGCAAACGACCUAGUGAAAUCCCAGUAUACAUACAAUGUUACUAGUAGCGACAAGAAAAGCGUUUUCCUUGAGGGUAGCGGAGUAUACACGACGGUAGCAUCGCUAUCUGAUCCCGAUGUUGUCUCACAAUGCAAUGAGCUCAUUCAUUACAACCAGGACAAUAUUGAAGUUUUCGAUAAUGUAUCCUUAAAGGAACAUUUCAGGAUUGUGGUGGAUGAUAAUGGCACAUCGUUCACCAACGUUACGUUUAGUGAUUUUGUGCGGUGUGGGUUCUCUCCCAUUUUGAAUGCCUCAUAUUACAACGUCUAUAAUGACGAAGAAGAUGUCAAUGAAAUCGAGGAUUCGCUAAGCGAUAUAGUUGAUAAUUUCAUCCCUCUCUCGUUCUGGUCUUGGGCCGAGAGCCAGCUUAUUGAACCCGACAGAGGAUUAAAUAUCAGUGAUUCCGCCGACAGCGAUAAUGACGAGGAAGAGGAUGACAAUGUUAAUUACCUCUUCAAAAGAGAUCUGGACUACAAGAGCACUCAUACUGCUUUCAAAUGUGUCGUAAUGGACGAAAAUGGAUGGAAAGUAUCCGACUGCUACAGCCGACAACCAGUUGCAUGCCAGAAAGCAGACUCCCCCAACGACUGGCACAUUGAUGUGAAGAACAAACGAGAAUACUUCACGGCCUACAAAGACGAUAGCUGUCCUGACGAUUACCAUUUCGCCGUACCACUGCUGAGUAUCGAAAUGCUCGCAUUGAUGAACUACAUUGAACGGGAAAAUAUUUCGUAUCCGAUAUGGAUUGACAUGAACGACAUCACAGUUCCUGAUUGUUUUGUAACGGGUGGUCCAUAUGCCACCUGUCCGUAUCAAAUGACUGUAACAAAGCUGAAGUUAGUAGGGUUGAUUGCACCUAGUUUCAUUGUCGCAAUAGUCAUAUUGGCUCUCAUACUCUGCGAGAAGAUCUUUCGAACCAACCCAAUUCAGUCGAAUAGAAAGCGGCAUUGGAAAAAGACCAUCAACGAGUAUGUUGAGAAGUACGAUUACGAAGGGGUCCCGUCAUAA